AUGUCUUGGAAAGAGAAACUACGUCGUUCAUCAACAGAAAAAUCCUCGCCACCAUCAUCGUCAAUUAGAAAAGGAGGUAACGAACUUUCGAAUACAUUCGUUCCCAACGAAAUCCAAGAGAACAAUAUUUCAAUCCCAUCAUCAGCCUCGACAGCUCAUCCACUACAACCAGUUGCUUCCUUCUCCGCCUUAGGUACUUCCGCUCAACAAUGGGCAUAUCAGCGAGGUGCCCAAUCAGCACUUGCGAUUACAGAUCAAAUUGAAGCUGAUAUACGAGAGGCUAGAAAUAUCAUCGCUAAUUAUUCUAUCGAACCCUUAGAAUUUUUGCAUCUCGGUAAGUCAAUCAAACAUAAUCGUCUCAUGAGACUAUUCAAACAAGAAUUUUAG